UACGUGUUGGAUGAACUGAUUGAGACUGAGAAAGAGUACGUAAAAGAUCUUGGCAUCAUUAUAGAGGGCUACAUGCCAACCUCAUCGACAUUAUCGGCAUCACCUUCAUCAACGCUCUCAUUACCUAAUGGCUUCGAAGGCAAAGAUAAAAUAAUUUUCGGCAAUAUUCACCAAAUUCUAGACUUUCAUAAAGAAAUUUUUCUGCAAGAGUUAACAAAAUGUGUUGAUGACCCACACAAACUUGGGCCGCUAUUUACUAGAUAUGAACGCCGCCUUCAUAUGUACGUUAAGUACUGUGAAAAUAAGCCGAAAUCAGAGUACUUAGUGGCAGAAUACAUCGACUUUUUCGAAGAAUUACGUCAGAAAUUAGGUCACCGUCUUCAGCUGCCUGACCUACUUAUCAAACCUGUGCAGAGAAUUAUGAAGUACCAACUUCUGCUUAAGGAUAUCCUGAAAUAUAGUGCCAAAGCCAAAGAAGACACAUGUGACCUUGAGAAGGCUCUGGAAGUGAUGAAGGUUAUUCCAAAGGCAGCCAAUGAUAUGAUGAACGUCGGCAGAUUACAGGGCUUUGAG